GACAAAAUAUCUAAUAUAAAUAAAAAGUAAACAAACUAUAUACACCUACUGUAAUUGUCUGACAAAAUGUUUAAAUCUGCAAUUUCAAGAAAAUGUAAAUUAACAAAAUGUCUUUGCAUUAUUCAAUACAGAAAUUUAUCACAGGCAUCAACAAAAAUAAAAGAAAAUUUUUUUUCUAAUAAAGUUGAAGCCUGGCAAAUUCAUUCAUAUGGUGAUUUAAAUGAAUUAAAAUUGUCAAGUACUCAUAUGCCAAUAAUAACUCGACCAACUCAACUUAUUGUUCAAGUUAAAGCUGCCAGUAUUAAUCCCAUUGAUGUUGCCAUGAUCAAGGGCUAUGGAUCAACAGUGUUGAAUAUAAUGAGACAAGCAAAAAAAUUAAACACAGGCAUUGAAUUUCCACUGACACUUGGUCGUGAUUUUUCUGGUGUUGUUGUUGCAAAAGGUCAUGGUAUCCCCAAUGACAAUAUUCAAGUAGGAGAUCAAGUUUGGGGUGUUGUACCUGUUGAACAACAAGGCUGUCAUGCUAGUCAUGUUAUUGUUGAUGAAAAUUUGGUAGCUAAAAAACCAAAUAAUUUAAGUCACAUUGAUGCAUCAAGUAUUUUAUACUCUGGACUAACAGCUUGGUCUUCAUUGUGGAUAACUGGUGGUCUAUGUUAUAAAACAGCAAUUCCAUCAAGACAAAAUAAUAGAAUAUUAAUUCUUGGUGGAUCUGGUGGUGUUGGAACAAUGGCUAUUCAACUUGCCAAAGCUUGGAAUCAACAGGUCGUGACAACUUGCAGCAGUGAUGCAGUAUCUUUGUUACAAAAUUUAGGUGCUGAUGAAGUAAUUGAUUACAAAGAAUCAAAAUGUGAUGAUAAAAUAAAUCAAGAAGGACCAUAUGACAUUAUAUUGGACUGUUGUAAUCAAGGAACAGAUGAAAUAAAAAGAAAAGGAUAUUUACAUUCGACAUACAUUACUCUAAAUUCACCUCUAUUAAAAAAUAUUGAUGAGCAUGGAUUAGUAUUUGGUGCAAUUAAAAAUAUUGGUGAUUUAUUAAAAUACAAUAUUCCAGUUAAAGACAACAAAAGUUUUGUUAAAUGGGGAUUUUUUGCACCAUCAUCAACAGGAAUAGAUAUGAUUCAAAAACUCGUUGAGACUAAUGCAAUUAAACCAGUUGUUAAAAAAGUUUAUGAAUUUGAUGAUUUACCUCAAGCUUAUCAACGAGUUUCUCAAGGUCAUUUGAGAGGUAAAAUAGUCAUUAACAUGAAAAAUUAAAUAUAUUUACACAAGACAAUGGUUUUCUUUUUUUUUUUUUUUUUAUGUUGAUUCAAUUUUUUUUUUAUUUUGAUUUAUUAUUUGUGAUUCUUGUAUUACUACAUCACCAGAAAAUCCAAUUUUAUUUUUGAUAUCUGGUAAAUUAUUAC